UACCACCUUCUGUUCAGCAGCUAUGCGUCCUUUUACAAGUAGUGAGCAAGCAUGCACCGCUCUACAAUCUUUAUGAGCACCAGUGCUACUGGUUUGCCAACACCGUAUUUGACACGUUGAAGAAGCUCUGUCCAGCUGGCGAGGAGACAUGUAGUACACAUAUGGCCCAUAGCUUGCGAUCCAAGUACCUGGGAUUAAAAUUCGAGUAUGGAGGCAGUGUAGAGAUGCUAUUUGCGGAAUACGGCAGGGCAUGGGGUGAGGCUUGUGCAAAGAUGAAGCAGGAGGAGAUUGGACGAGAAAAGAGUCGACGUGCACUCAUCGAACGCGGGAGAGACGAAGGCCGUGCGGAACGAGAGCAGCUUAGAACAGACAGAGAACAACUUCAAGCAGAACGAGCACAACUCAAGGCAAGACUACGCACCGCACUUUGAGAAAAAUAACACGUGCACUAGUAAUAUGAUAAGAUACUCGGUAGUGGCCGAGAUAAUAUAAACUCCGGUCUACAAUGUAUGUCACGGUACUUACGACUUGAUCAUUAGCCCUAUGUACAGGACCGACAAGGAUUACGGACUGUUCCACCAUCUUCGUUUUUCUAUUAUAUCGGGAUAAGCAUUGUAAUUACAGGUAGCAACGUGAUCUUAUAUAUAUAUAUAUAUCGAG